AUGCUUAUGUGCGACCACCCCGGAUGCACAGCCCAGUACAGGCGAAAAGAGCAUUUGACCCGUCAUGCCCGCAAGCAUGCGCCGCUGGCCCAAAGGCUAACAUGUGAGGUAUGCAGCAAGGCCUUUGACCGGACGGACUCGCUUCGGAGGCACCGGCAGCUGCAUCGGAGGGAGAAGGAGAGCGAGGGGCCGGGUUCCAGGACGGUCAAGGCCUGCGAUCGGUGUCAUGAAUGUAAGACAAGAUGUGAUGGUGGGCAGCCGUGUGGCGUUUGUGCGAGGAAGGGGGCCAGGUGCACGUUUGACCGGUCGAGCAAGGCUGGACCUACGACUGGACAGAGCACAGGGAGGUUGGGCCCGGACCGGCCGCAGAAGCUGUAUGGAGUAUGUGAGACUGCAAAGACACUGGGCAGUCAGGCUUACAGAGGCGGCUCCGCCGCCCGGCAAACGCCUGUCUCGGGCAGCGAGAUCCAGGAUCUCCUGCUCCAGCACGAGAGCAACCUCCGGGAAAGGGGGCUGCUAGGGACUGCAGCCGCUGGGCCCCUGGAGCCAAGAAGCCAGAAUAAAGAUCUUGACAUCGACCGCUACGUCGGUGUAUACUUUUCCCACUUCCACUAUCAGUGGCCGCUCAUCCACCGCGCCGCCUUUGGACGGAGUAAUGAGCCUCCAAUCUUACUGUUGGCAAUCGUGAUGAUCGGGCUUUGGCUUACGGGUGAGGCCGCUGCUCGGGACCGAGCAGAGAAGAUGCAUGAGAAGUUCCUGGCGCUGUUGGAAAACCGCAUAGAUGCCUGGAAGCUGGACGGCGAAUUCACCGACAAGACCUGGCCAAUGACGACCUACCAAACCAUUGUCCUCAAUGUCAUCUUUGCUAUAAUUCGGGACGUCCCGCAGUGCCUCGUCUCCCGCUUCCGGUCCUUGCUGCAUGCCGUCACAACCACCUGCCUGGCCGGCGGCCUCUUUACCUACGCCAAAAUGCAGGCCUUGUUGGAACCAACGGACUCCUUGGUCUAUAGCUGGACAUACAUGGAAGAGGUCAAACGCCUUGCCCUGGCCAUAUUUAAGUUGAACCACCAUCUCAACACGGGCAUGCUGCGUCCCUCGGACCUGCAAUUUCCCCUCCCGGAUAGUGGAUACUUGUGGGAUGCGCCGGAGACGAAGGACUUCUAUUGCCGGUACCAUGUCCAGCUAGAGUCGCGGACUCGUGUAGACGAUGGACCGUUGAUAUGUGAUAUUGUGAGGGAUGUCCAAGAUGGGAAGCGGGGACUCGGGAUGCUCUUCCAGGCAGAUAGUUGGCUAGGGUUCGCGGUUUCGCAGGCGAUACUAUCCGAGAAAACGCCACCAUCUGUAGACUGCAUGCAAAACUGA